AUGUCGCUCGUCGAUCGCGUGAGCCUUACGGGAGCACCUGGCGAAGAGCCCGAGGACUAUCUGUGCUCCGCCCUAAGCGUCAUCUUCCCCGGCGAUAUCAUCAACCAGCACGGCGACGCCGACCAUGGCGUCCUCUACACAUCGCCCAACUUGCCCGAGCCGCUGCACUUGUGCGUGACUGACCCCGACGACCUGGCCGACCGCAACCUGUUUAGCCACUUUGUCUGGAACUCGUCGCUGCUGCUGGCCAAGUUGGUCGAGGCGGGCACGCUGGCCGUCGCUCAGGACGUUGCCAAGGAUGCAGCCAAGUACGGCCGACAAAGCACCAUUGCUCGCCUGCCCGGAUCGGGCCCGCCCACGGCCAUUGCUGAAGACCCCGUCGUCUGCGAGCAUUACCCAGUCUCCAACUUUGACGUGGCCGGCCGCUCGUGCGUCGAGCUUGGUGCGGGCACCGCGCUGCCGUCCAUCUUGGCUGCAUUGCUCGGAGCAACUCGUGUGGCCGUUACCGACUACCCGUCCGAAGUGGUGCUCGAAAACCUGCGGGCGAACCUGGCGCGGAAUGUCACGCGAGUGCCAGUGCAAACCUCGGCGUCGACAGCGUCAGCAGCGUCAGCAUCAUCAACCGAGCCAACAACGUCAACACUGCCAACAAAGAACCCCACGUCCACGGCUGUCGUAUCAGUGGACGGCCACGAAUGGGGCCAGUUCGACGCGGACAUUGCCAAGACGGGUCACCACUCGUUUGACCGUGUAUUUGUCUGCGACUGUCUGUGGAUGCCGUGGGAGCACGACAACCUGCGCAAGUCCAUCGAUUGGUUCCUCAAACAGGACGACGACGCUCGGUGCUGGGUCGUCGGUGGUUUUCAUACAGGCCGGGCCUCGGUGGUCGCGUUUUUCAACGAGGAGCUGCUGGCAUCGCUCAACAUGGAGAUUGAGGCCAUCUGGGAGCGGAACUGCGACGACCGCGAGCGGUCAUGGUGUGUCGACCGGGGCAUCGAGGACGCGACAGAGCGCAAGCGGUGGCUGGUUGUGGCCAUCUUACGGCGGCUGCGGCGGAAAUUGACAACACCGAGUUGA